AUGACCACCGUCACGGCAACGGCAACCUCAACCCACCUAACAGCGUCAUCCGGACGCUUGUUCUCCAAAGGACCAGACGUAAACUACGGUGACUUUCGCGAUGACUUGCUGAAAAAUGGCUAUGCGGUCAUCAAAGGCGCCGUUCCACGUGAACGAGCAUUGGGAUAUGCAGAUGAUAUCUAUGACUGGCUUGAAGGCUUCAAUCUUGGUUUCAAAAGAGACGAUCCUUCAACAAUUCACAAAGAUCAUCUCCCUGAUAUCAACGAAAAGGGAAUGUGUCUCGGCUACGCCAUCUCCCACGAAUCGUUCACGUGGGCCGUGAGGCAGGAGGAAGGAGUGGUCAAAGCCUUUGAGAAGGUUUACGACACUGAGGAUAUUAUUGUGUCGUUUGAUUCCGUGAACAUUGGGUUCCCAUCGCGCAAAGAUAUUCAGCCCAAUGUACCAUGGCCGCACCAAGAUCAGGAUCCUGAGAAGCCAGGCUUCCGCUGUUUGCAGGGCCUUGUGAAUCUGCUGCCAAAUGGGCCAAAGGAUGGAGGAUUGAUUGUUUGUAAGGGGGCUCAUUUGCUGAGUGAGGAGCUCCACGAGGCCUUCAAAGGAGAGGAGAGGAUUUGGUCUUGGACAAAGGAAUGGUACGGCUUGACCGAUGCGAACAGAGAAUGGUUGAAGGAAAGAGGGUGCGAGUGGAUCAAGGUGGAGGCCGAGCCUGGUGACUUGAUACUCUGGGACUCGCGCACCCCGCACUACAACUUGUCGUCGGAGACAUCUCAGCCGCGUUUCUGCGUUUACACUUGCUACAUGCCUGUGGCGGACGCUACCAAGGAACAGCUUCAGGUGAAGAAGAAGGCUUUUGAGGAGACUAAAAUGACUACUCACUGGCCAAAUGCAAUGCAUGUUGUGGACCUACCGGUCUUGAGAAAUGGGGAGCCCGAUUCCUACCAACGCUCGAAGCCUCGCUCGGAGGUUCAGCUUUCCGACCGAGGCUUUAAGCUGACGGGCAUACCAUAUCUAGAGAGUAUGGCUUGA